GAUUGGCGUCUCAGUUCAGUCCCGUCGCGUCUACGUCAUCAAACGCUUGACGAUUAGCAACGCGGCUUGUGUCGCGUGCACGCUGAUUCCUUUAAGAAUGGCCCUGAUCUACAUUGGAUUUUGGCUGUAUUCCAGAGUGCUGGGUUCACGCUUCAUCCAUACAUCCAUCACGAUCCCAAUUCCAAUAUCCUGGUACCGGUAGCCGAGAGGUUCAUCAUGGGUGUCGAUUCCUCUGAACUAAUUGUGCCGUUUGUGGGCGCUAUCCAGGCCUCUUUUUCGGUUCUCAUAACCAUUAUCUUUGGUGUUGUAGCAGCGCAAUGCAAUUUACUUUCGACAAAUGCAGCAAAGGAAGUUUCGAAGCUAUGUGUGCGCAUGUUUUUGCCCGCGUUGCUAAUCUAUAAGAUUGGUUCGAACUUGCAUCAGGACACGGGAGUCCGAUAUAUCCCAAUCUUGAUUUGGUCAAUAUCCUACACGCUCCUGUCCGUCCUCGUUGGCCGUACCCUUACCCGCAUCUUCAAGCUGCCUGCCUGGGUAACACCAGCAAUCGCUUUCAACAAUACGACCAGUCUUCCGCUCCUCCUCAUUCAAUCGCUCAAACAAACCCAAAUCCUCGAUGCUAUACUCAUUGGUGGAGAAUCAGCGGCUGAUGCCAUGGACCGUGCGGAAUCAUACUUCCUGAUCAACGCCAUGGUCAGCAAUUCGCUUACCUUCGCGUUGGGACCAAGGUUACUAAAACCGGGUGAUGAGGAUGCGCCCGAUAAUGAGGAUGAAGUAGAGGAGAGCGAGAGCGAAAGCGAAGAAGGCGAGGAAGGUGAAAACGGCGAUAUUGAACGGGGUCCGGAUGGUCUUAUCAAUGAGCACACGUCUCUCCUCCCUCGGCGAAUCGUCCAUCCCACAAACCGCGUGGAGAAAAAGGGCUACCUCAAGUCUCGAAAUUGGUAUAACUCGCUUCCACCCUGGGCCCAGGGAACGCUCGAUGUGGCAUGGCAGUUCGCGAACGCUCCAAUAAUGGGUGCGCUUUUUGGUGCUAUUAUAGGCUUGAUACCAUCGCUUCACCGACUCUUCUUCAGCCCCAGUAAUGAGGGUGGCUAUCUCAACGCCUGGUUGACUACGUCGAUCAAAAACAUCGGCGACCUCUUCGCCUCUACGCAGAUUAUCGUCGUCGGCGUUAAACUCAGCCAAAGUAUGCUCCGCAUGAAGCGUGGUGAGGAUAGUGGAAAUGUUUCCAAGGGAAGUCUAGCACUCGUUACACUCUUCAGGUUCAUUAUAUGGCCAUUAAUCAGUAUUCCUCUGAUCUGGGCGAUUGCAUCAAAGACCGAGCUUCUAAAUGGCGACCCUAUGCUCUGGUUCUCUAUGAUGUUGAUGCCAACGGGCCCACCAGCAAUGAUUCUGGUGGCGCUUACGGAUGUAACCGGCGCUCCAGAGGCGAUGAAGAUGACUAUCGCGAAAUUCCUGACGAUCAGCUACGCUAUUACACCGAUGAUAUGUUUCACCGUGGUCGGAGCGUUGAAAGCCACGGAGGCUGCGAUUGAUAAAUGAGUCCAAUCAUAUAGCGAUUGCCACCAAUUCUAAAAAUAGAGACACGCAGUGUUCAAAAGACAGUCCAGUUUUCCAUGUAUUCAAUCCUUUAGUAUUUUUCUCUACUUGUAAUGGUUCUAAAAAUCUUCCCCGCAACUGUGCCCCUCGACAUGUACUUUGUUGGGGACAUUCGGCCAUAUAGAGAUAUGCAGAAGCAAAUGUGUAAACUUGAUAGGGCAGCUCACUUUCGAUGACUACUGUCUCGGCUCUUUCUUAUCUUUGAUUCGUCGUGUUGUAGGAUAAAGGGACUCUUUUGUCGCACUGCUUUGAUAGUUUGACGGCUUCGGCUAGGAGG